UUGUUACUAGACUAGUUCCCGAAAUCACCCGUCUCCCAUCCGAAAAGUGCGACGCAGUAGUGAAGCAAUGCUUGAUCAACUAAUAUACACUGAAGCGGUCUUGUAUUGCACCAGUGAAGAACCGCACCCUUGUGGUCUCGACGUCCUGUGAUUCGACUGCGGGCGCAAUGUCUCUCACCUCAAGAGAAGCACGGAAGCACUCUCCAACCCUUGACCGUCUUCUCAAAUCCCGACUCGCUCCGAUUCGCGAAGCAGCACUACUCAAAGCAGCAGUAGGCGAAGAAAAGCCUGGUAAACCAGCAGCUGGUGACUGUUGUGGAAGCAGUUGCAACCCAUGCGUCAUGGAUCUUUAUCGGGAGGAAUUGAACAUCUGGAAAGAGUGUGUCGAGUACCGGAGACAAGUCAACAGUCCAAAAGUCGCUCCCUCAGAUUCAGAGCCUUGGUCGACGAUGGAAACAUGUAGGCGAAAGGACCUCCAAAAGAUACCUGGGUCUUAUGAUUGGUGAUGAUUCGAAGUUUCUGUGAUAUACUUCAUGGGCUCUCCGAAGAACAAACAUCUGGCAAAAGCCCGUGUAUUUUCUUUUCUCUAGAAAGCUGCUUCGUUCAUACUUCAGCAUGCCAGUAGAUAAAGAGUCAGUACAAGAGCUGAAAAUCUCCAUGGUAUGCUGAUUGCGUGGCUGCUUGCAGAAGUUACAUGGCGAUGGGGGAAGAAGCCAACGAUGAUGGGGAAAUUAGGGAACGGUCAAUCGGUGUUGAUGGAAAGUAUAGUGCCAGGUUUUCCUGAUAAUAUACACAACCACGAGCAGUCAGAGACGCAGGGGUAUAACAUACUCCCAUCACCCGACAUAGCAUAUAAAAGGACCCUCUUUGUGAAAGAUAAUGUGCGGUAGCAAACAGCAGCACGACCGUGGAAGCAUAUUAGGC